UACUACUGGAAAGCAAAACUGCAUCUAUACAUUGAAUUUAUUCUCUCCUCUUCCCCCUCAUCUCUUCUCCUCUCUGUUUCAUCUUUCUUUCGCCCUUCAAUCUUCUCGCCCUCAUGGAAAAAAUUCAGCACACAAAUGUGCAAGUGAGAGAACUAAAGCUUCAUGUAGCUGAAAUCGGAAGCGGUCCAAAGGUGGUGCUUUUCUUCCAUGGAUUUCCGGAAAUCUGGUACACAUGGAGGCAUCAAAUGGUUGCUGCGGCAAACAAAGGGUAUAGAGCAAUAGCCUUUGAUCACAGGGGCUAUGGACUUUCGGAGCAGCCAGCUGAACCUGAAAAGGCAACCUUGCUCGAUCUUGUUGACGAUGCUGUUGCUCUUUUAGAUUCUUUGGGCAUUAACAAGGCUUUUAUUGUAGGGAAGGAUUUUGGAGCUCUGUCUGCAUACCGAGUAGGUGUCCUCCACCCAGAGCGGGUAUCUGCAAUCAUAACAUUAGGAACACCUUUCAUUCAGCCAGGUCCCUCUGUUGUCCAAAAUCAUCCCCUCCCAGAAGGUUUCUACAUAUCAAGGUGGCAGGAGCAGGGGCGGGCAGAAGCAGAUUUUGGCCGCUUUGAUGUGAAGACAGUGAUAAGGAACAUCUAUAUUCUCUUCUCUAAAAGUGAGAUCCCAAUAGCUGCUGCUGAUCAAGAAAUCAUGGACUUGAUUGACCCUGCUACUCCUCUGCCACCAUGGUUUUCCGAGGAAGAUCUCUCUGUCUAUGCAUCUUUAUAUGAGAAAUCUGGAUUCUGUUUUGCACUGCAAGUUCCCUAUAGAAAACUAAAAGUGGAUCGCAGCUUAAUUGAUCCGAAAGUGUCAGCUCCAUCACUGCUUAUCGUGGGUGAGAAGGACUACAGCUUAAAGAUGCCGGGAGUGAACAACUACAUACGGACGGGGGCAAUGAAGCAUCUUGUGCCCGAUUUGGAUGUUAAAUUCAUUGAGGAAGGGACUCAUUUUAUGCAUGAACAAUUUCCGGAGCAAGUUAAUCAGCUAAUCAUUGCCUUCCUUGGCAAACAUGGUGCAUGAUGCAGAUGCUUAGUGUGCCUGAGGAACAAUAAUAAUCCAUGAGAGAAGAAUAAUGUCAUGUAUGCAUGGUAUAUACUAAAAAGACUGGGCCUUAUUAACUUUAGGCUAGAAUAUCACUGCCAAAAGAAAGAAGAUAAGUUUUUUCUUUCAUGUUUGGAAUUAACAAAUUACUUAUUAUGUAAUGUUUAUCUGGAUUUCACAUGGGCA